CUGGGAUCUCAGGAGAAGCAUGUGUAUAGAUCGAAAGAGAGACAGACAGAGAGAGAGAGAUAAAACACUUCAGCAUGGAACAUUUGAGAAUUACUCCAUAUCAUUUUGCUUACUGGUCUACAACUUGUGACUAUAAAGCAUUUUUUUUUUUUACACAUACGCACACGCGGGGGGAUUGUCAUGUAAUGGUUAAAGAAUAUGUAUAUCGUCUUAUACGACAUGUCUUUGUCAGGCUUUUUUUUUUUUAUUUACAAUAAAACAAACUAAUUGCCUGCGCAAUUAGUUUGUUAGCACAAUAGCAAUAUACAAAAUUCAAUAGCAUUGUACAAUUAUGAUAUAGUAGGCUAUGUAAUGAUAUAGUUUACAGUGGCUUCAUAAAUUGAUUCAGAACAUAAUAAAGCAAAACACGCCUUUUGUAGAAGUAGUUAAAAAAAACCUUGCUAUAUUUUUUUAAUUAAGAGAAUUAAUUAAGUUAAUUAAGAGAAGGUACACCGCCAUCUUGCUCCGACCAAAGUGACUUGAACGCACCUGACCCUGUCGUCGUAAUCACGACUUCCCAACUCUUAAGUGCGAACUUUCCAGGCGCACUUGAACGCACAGUGAGUUUACAUUUCGUGUAGUGCCUCAUACGCUGUUUUUAAACCAUAGUCUGAAGGAAAAGGGCGCUGAAGUGCUGAUUCCAGAUCCUAGCAUUCAGAGCUGCGACCCUGAGUCUCUCUCUCUCUCUCUCUCUCUCUCUCUCUGUGUGUGUGAGUGUGUUAGAGAACUGAAACUCCAGCAGGUUGUGUCUCCAUCGCCCCUGAGCAAGAGGAGCUCCGAGUGGCUGCUGUUCCUCCAUCUGAUAACAUCUGCGCAUCAGCUGGGAUACAAACAGACAAACAAACAAACACGAGCAGUGUGUGAGGCUGUGGUUUACAGAGCGUCUGUCUUGGCACUUUGGACUCGAAAACACUCGAAGUCCAUUUUCAGACCCCAGGACCAGAGGUCAGGCAGUGGAUUUGGGAGAAUGACUCUCUCACAUCAGUACUGUGCUGUUUUGUUUCUGUCGCUGUUGGCUUUACAUAGCUGUAAUGACGGGAUGCAGGGCUGCAUUGACAAGCAGAGGGUGAUGGGUGUGCUUCGCCAGAUGGAGAAAUUUUUAAAGGGACAGGAGAUCCGGUUUACAGAGGGUCUCAGAAUAAUGAAGUCCAAGCUUACCAGCCUUCAGAACUCUGUGUCCAAGUUUCCACAAGCAGACCAAUCUUCACCCUUGUCCACUUGUUCUGCUCUGGAAGCUCCAACUCAUGGGAAGAAGUUUGGCUCCAAGUACCUAGUUGGACAUGAAGUGCACUUCAUGUGCUCUUCAGGUUAUCAUUUGGUGGGCUCGGCAACCCGAGUGUGCCAGGAGAAUGGCAGCUGGAGCGGAGUCAGUGCGCUCUGUAAAGCAGGUUCAAGUCAGUGUGCUAGUAACCCAUGCCUGAAUGGUGGUACCUGCACUGAGGGGGUCAACCAGUACAAGUGCACUUGUCCUCACAACUGGAGUGGGAGUCGCUGUCAACAACAGACUCAAACAGUGGUGCAGCAUCCAUCUGCAGCCAGCCACAGGCUGAAGCCUAAUCCCCUCUCGCCUCCCCUCUCACGUUCAGCCCCUCCGGAGUGGAGCGUGAUGAAUGAUCCGGAAUUUAGCCGCAAACCCCGCUGCGCGAAAGUGGACCGAGCUCAGCACUGCAGUUGUGAUGCAGGCUUCCAUAUGAGCGGCACCUCUCACAACAGCAUCUGCCAGGAUGUGAACGAGUGUGAGGUGUACAAAACAGACGGCGCAUUACUGUGUGCUCACAUUUGCGUGAACAUUCCAGGCUCGUACCACUGCUCCUGCCCCAGUGGCUACAAGCUGCUUGCAGAUGGCAGGAGCUGUGAGGAUGUGGACGAGUGUCUUACACAGCAGCAUAACUGCAGCCGUGGCACCACCUGUGUCAACACCGGAGGAGGCUUCCAGUGUGUAAAUCCAGAGUGCCCACGCUUGCACGGAAACAUCAGCUAUAUCAAGACGUCACCUCUUCAGUGUGAGAGGAACCCCUGCUCCAUGACAAGCCGCACCUGUCACCUGGCCCCAAAAACCGUUUCCUAUCACUACCUGUCUCUGCCUUCAAGCCUCCAAACCCCAGCUACGUUGUUCCGCAUGGCCACAGCAACUGCUCCUGGCCGACCAGGACCCGACAGCCUGCGCUUCAGCAUCGUGGAGGGAGGAGACGCACGAGGCAUGUUUGUCAUGCAGCGCUCAGACCGCCAGACUGGUGAGCUGAUCCUCGUCCAGCCGCUGCUCGGGCCACAGGAGCUCAGCGUGGACGUGGAAAUGGCUGAGUACUUGGAUCGCACCUUCCAGGCCAAACACCUCGCCCGGGUGCAUGUGCUCAUCUCUCCCUAUAAAUUCUGACGAGGGAGAAGUUCCAUAGGCGAGCUCUUGACCUUUCAGUUCUGUUUUGAAACUGGUAUUAUGGUAAAAUUAGCUUUUUCUAAACUGAAGCAUUAUGGCAAAAAAUGAUUAAUCUUUGUAAAUAUUAAACACUUUACUUUCAAAUGGCUUUAAAAACCAAGCAGUAAAACUUAAAUAUGUCUUCCUGCAAAGUCUCUGCUCUCAAUAAUCUUUUUUUUGUUUGUUUUUUAGCUAUCUGUGUAUCAGAUUCUUUUGUAUUUUUAUAUUUUUCAUAGUUUUUCUCAGAAUAAUUUGGAACCUUGAUUAUACCUGUUUUUUUAAAUAACACAAAGUAACACAUAAACAGACCAAUGUGAACCUACUUGAUUUAUUUAUGUACUGUAUAUAGGCCUUUCAGCAAAACAGCUCUUGUGUGAAUUAAACAGAGAACAAAAAUA